AUGGCGUCGCAGUACUACCAAGAAAUGCAAGAGAGCUUCAAAAAUAACAGCAAAAGUCGAGAAUUCCCGGCUCACACCGCGAAGGUCCACUCGGUGGCGUGGAGUUGUGAUGGCAGGAGACUCGCCUCUGGGUCUUUUGACAAAACAGCCAGCGUUUUUGUUCUCGAAAAGGACCGUUUGGUGAAAGAGAACAACUACAGAGGUCAUGGUGACAGCGUAGAUCAGCUCUGCUGGCAUCCGACCAACCCUGAUCUGUUUGUCACAGCAUCUGGAGACAAGACCAUCCGCAUAUGGGACGUCCGCACCACCAAAUGCAUUGCCACCGUCAAUACAAAAGGAGAAAACAUCAACAUCUGUUGGAGCCCUGAUGGUCAGACUAUCGCUGUUGGCAACAAAGAUGACGUGGUGACCUUCAUCGACGCCAAGACUCAUCGCUCCAAGGCGGAGGAACAGUUCAAGUUCGAGGUGAACGAGAUCUCCUGGAACAACGACAACGACAUGUUCUUCCUCACAAACGGCAACGGCUGCAUCAAUAUUCUGAGUUAUCCAGAGCUGAAGCCCAUCCAGUCCAUCAACGCUCACCCGUCCAACUGCAUCUGCAUCAAGUUCGACCCCACAGGAAAAUACUUUGCCACAGGAAGUGCAGACGCCCUGGUCAGCCUGUGGGAUGUGGAGGAGCUGGUGUGUGUCCGCUGCUUCUCCAGGUUAGACUGGCCGGUGAGGACUCUGAGUUUCAGUCAUGACGGCAAGAUGUUGGCUUCGGCCUCCGAGGAUCACUUCAUAGACAUCGCUGAGGUGGAAACAGGAGAGAAGCUGUGGGAGGUUCAGUGUGACUCUCCAACAUUUACUGUCGCCUGGCACCCAAAGAGGCCGCUGCUGGCCUACGCCUGCGAUGACAAGGAGGGCAAGUACGACAACAACAGAGAGGCGGGCACCGUCAAACUGUUCGGCCUCCCCAACGACUCCUGAGACAAGUUUGUACCUGUACAAAGUAGUUUGCUCUCUCGUGUCUUAGCGACCAUAAGAAGUUGAGCAAAGUGAAGGAGGCAUCACAAGGGAACAAAAAUAUUCUGUAGAGCCCAGAGGAUGCUGCUGCUCAGUCUCCUAAAGCAGCAGUAACCUUGAGCCACCAGCAGAUGGUGCAGCUGCCCUAACCUUCCUUUAACAACCAGCUUCAUUCCCCUGUUUUUAUACACAGAUAAAAACACAACUCCCUGUGCUGUAAUAUAUUGUUUUUAUGUAAAAUACGCAUUGUUUUUGAUAUUAAAACUGGUCUCUUUGUA